AUGGAGCCGGCGCUGCAGCAACGAAAUGACGAAGUCGACAACAACACAGAGCUGACGCAUGCCAAAACCGAGUCGAGACCCGCAGCCGCCGCUGCAGCCGCCGCCGACGAGGAGAGCAACCACCGGGAGACAACUCCCAAAAUGUUCGCCCACGACUCUAUGGUAACCGUCAGGCUAUCAGAACCGCCUGUCCUUACCAUAGACACCAACGUUGGCCCUGACUCGCCUCCAAGGAGGAGGCCUAGCACCGUUCGCAUCGAGAAGCUGCCUUUUCCCGAGAGCACACAUAUCGAGGCCAAGGACGAACAACAAAAGGUUGAGGACGAGGACGACACUACGCCUCCGAGUGACCCAACAACCCCUUUGCCUAUUGCGGAUGCCACGAGGAACCUCCAGGACGAGCUAGUCGGCUACGAGGACGAAGAGGGCGACGAGGUCGGAGAGCUAGUGUCGAAAAUCUCCCCAACGAAAGUACCGUUCCAGGGUGUACUGGACGAUCCCGAGAGACGCACAGCUGCAGGAGAGGAAGAAGAAGAGGAGGAGGAGGAGGAGGAAGAGGUGAAUUGGGACGAGUUGCAAAAAACAGAAGCAGAAGAGCCCAGAGACGCAGACACAGACAGAUCAACCGCCAUGUUGCUGGCUAUGCUUGAGAAAGAAAACGACAAGUUGGCUACGAACCCGAAGAGCAUAAAGGUACAGCCUGUCGAACAAGUCGCCGCUACCAAUCGCCCCAGGCCGCCGUCAAUGGCACAACUACGGCACAUGGUAAACGGGCCGACGCCCUCGGCCCUUCGAUACUCGAUGCUUCCUCCGCCACCGAUGACCGACCUCGAGUUCUACGCUGCAUUGGUCAAGGAUUACCAACAAACGGCCGCCCGCUUGCCCACUCUGCUCUCGAACAAGAUCCGCAAAGGUGUUCCGCCCCCACUGCGAGGCGUUGUCUGGCAGAGCAUGUCGGGCGCCAGGGAUACCGCGUUGGAAGAACAGUACGAGCAGUUCUCGGGCGAGUCGAGCCCCUACGAAGCUACCAUUGGCAAAGACUUGGGCCGGAGUUUCCCAGGGGUCGACAUGUUCCGCGACCCAGACGGCGACGGACAGCGCAUGCUGGGCAGGGUGCUGAAAUGCUUCAGCCUCUAUGAUACAAAGAUCGGCUACUGCCAGGGGCUGGCCUUUCUUGUCGGCCCCUUAUUGAUGCACAUGCCUGAUAAGCAGGCAUUCUGCGUAUUGGUUCGAUUGAUGGAACGAUAUGAUCUGCGGAGUUGUUUCUUGCCAGACCUGUCAGGGCUGCAUGUGCGCAUCUAUCAGUUUCGAGAACUUUUGCGCGAGCACCUGACACCAGUAUCGAACCACUUGGAAGAGCUCCAGGUCGAUCCAGCGUAUGUUUCACAGUGGUUCCUCAGCUUUUUCGCCGUUACAUGUCCCCUGCCAAUGCUGUUUCGCAUCUACGAUGUCAUCUUUGCCGAGGGGGCCCCGGAGACCCUUAUGCGGGUCGCCCUAUCCCUGAUGCAGAAGAAUCAGGCCCGGAUUUUAGCGUGCACCGAGCUCGAGGACGUUAUGCAACUUCUCCUUUCCAGAGGCCUGUGGGAUUGUUACCACUACAACGCAGACGAAUUCGUCCAAGAUUUCGUUAGUUUAUCUGGUAUUGUCACGCGCGAGAAAUUGCUCCAGUUGGAACAGGGGUACAGAGACGCACAGAUCGCUAGCGCGAAUGCGGCACGUUCCUCGGACGUGACCUCUGCAGCCUCCCGAUUCCUGGGCCGCAUUUGGGCUUCCUCCACCAUCAUCUCUCCGAAGUCCUCCUCCACCCUGAGCCCGGGCCUCACAGCUCCGUCACGGCCUCUGAGCAUGCUACGCAGGAGCACAUCCAAGCAGAGCCUGGCUUCCACCCUCAAUUCGAUGGAAGCCAGCUCCAUCAGCGUCCUUAGUUCUGCAUCCACCGAAGCGACCACCGUGUCCCGAGAUUCUGCCAACACCGAUGACAACGCAUCCAUCCGCGAAUCAGCCCCUGUCAAUGGCGGCAACGUCAAUGCCAAAUCUCUCAAUGCCAAUGGCGCUAAAAAGUCGAACGACCAAUACCUUCACACUCAGAUCGAAGACCUUCUAGCCGCAUUGACCGAAUUGCAGCGAAACCAUGCCCAACUCGCGAGCGAAUUACAGCAAGAGAGAGAACAGCGCGAAGAGGACAAACUGGCUGUGCGAUCGCUGCUAGACGGCUUGCGCAAAAAGGCCAGCAACGACUCUGUCGGCACAGAUGCAAGCGUUGCUACUCUGAAGGCUCUGAAGGCGAGCGAUGACCCCGCAACUAAGGCACGCGAGGGAGGCGAGGGAGAUGUGGCCACUGAGAACCCACAAGAGAAUGCCAAGACCAAUGGACUGGUCGGACCCUCAGCUGAGGAACUCUCAACUCUGCUCGAUGAUGUCGAGGAAAGGUUUGGGCGCCAUGGCAGCGACGAAGUAAAAAGGUCACGGAGCGAGUCCAAAUCGGAAAUCCAACAGGAACUACGGCAACUCAAGGACCAGCUCGCCAGUGCGGUAUCGCAGUCCCAGAAUUACGACCGAAAGAUACAUGAUCUAGACCAGGAGAUUUCUGCUCUUAAGGAUCAAGUACGAGAGUCUCAUUCGCAUGCGCGCAUCUUGCAUCAGGAUAAGCAGCGGCUCGAGAAACAGAUACACUUGAUGAGAGCGCGGGUCUCGGCCGCCGAGACGGAGACUACUAGCCAUGACAGCGAUGGAUCCAUCCGGAAGAGCUCAGCGAGCAGCACCGGCUUGAGGGAGCUGAAACUGGGUAGAAGCAAGUCUACGCCGUCUCAAGCAGGAUCGAUAUUUAGCAAGCGGGCAUCGUCAUUGCCUAAGCCACACGAUUCCACCAUUCCAACUGUUACCACUUCUGCUCCCUCACCAUCGCCUCCACCGCCACCGCCGCCAACGGAUGACCAACACGAAGCCUUGCUCUUGGAGCUUAUCCAGGCAAAGACCGCUGAAGCCGUUGCCAGACAAGAGGCCGAGGAGAUGAAGCAGAAGUUGGAGAGCUUACGCAAGGCGCAGGGCCUCGUAGCCGCAGAGGCAGCCCAGGCGCCUACGGCGGCGGGAGCAGCCGCAUCAGCUGCCAUGGGCGUUUUCGGCCGGCUCACUGGUGCGACAGCAGAGCCUGCCAAACCAGCCAGCCCGCCAACAGCCCCAGCAGCAGCAGCGGCGGCGGCGGCGGCUCCGGCGCCAGCGGCGGGAGGAGGAUUUUGGGGCUGGAGACGAUGA